GCAUGAACAGGAGCUAUAAAACAAAAACUUAGAAGAGGAACUAACACAUUCUUACAAUGGCUUCAACCAUGUUUUCCACGAUGAGACUUUCUAUACUUAUCCUCUCACUGAUGACAGCUUAUGACUGCAAUCCUGGAGCAAAGGAAUGCAAUGAAGAAUGGGUUGAAUUUAAAUAUGAUGAAAUGAAAAGCUGUCCAAAUGAAACGGCUAAAAGAACUCUCACUGUGACCAUCGAACAUGGGGACAAGGUUCCAACGUGUUACUCACAAUCGACUUCAUCAUCAGGGAACAGUGAGUGCCUAAAACCAUUUGUUCAGACUGCUUACGAAACAGAUAAAACCACCAUCAUAUGUGACCCGGGAGAACAAUACACGCCCAAGCCCUUGUUGUUUUUCUGCAAAGAAGACGGUUUAACCUGUGAAGAUAUUUUAUCAAGAAACCCAGACAGGAUAUUCUCUCACAUAGACAACAAGACUGGCUUCAACAUAUCCAUCUGUAAUGUGUCCUCAAAGGAUAAGGGUGUCUACUGGUGUGGAGUAAUAUCAAAAGACAAAGAUAAUAAAAUGAAAGUCAAAAAGAUCCAGCUAGGUGUUAGUGAUAUUACAAAGUUUGAAAGAUCACCGAAGGCUGGACAGAACUUCACAUACUGGUGUAGCUACAGCAAAGUUAAUGGUGUCUCAUCCUCAACAAAGUUCAUCUGCAAGGGGGAAGAUACAUCAACAUGUCAACGUCUAGUAAACACCACAAAGGCUGAUGUCAACAACAGGAUUUCUAUGAAUGAUGACAUAGCAAAUAAAAAUAUCACCAUAACAAUGAGAGAAGUAACAACAGGUGACAGUGGGACAUACUGGUGUGGAGCAGAAACAACUGACAGUCGAUGCAGCAGCACAUUCAUCAACAAAGCGACGGUGACUGUGGUAUCGCCAACACCAUCCUCAUAUCCUGUUCCUUCAACCAAGGAAACUACUCUCUUUAUUGAGAGUCAUGUCCAGACAACUAAUGCACCUGCACAGAGUCGUGGUGUUCCUAAUCUAGUCAUUGGUGUGAUCGUCUGUGGAGCUGUGCUGCUGCUUGUGAUAGUUUGGAUCCUCGUCUAUAAACGAUUUUCAUGUUCAAGAAACCCAAGCAAUGCAGCUGCAGAACAGCAUUACAAAGAGGAUUUUGUCUAUGAGGAGAUAGAGGAACGCUUCCAGAAACCAGACUCACAAAAUACAAUGAACGCAGUUUAUGUGACUGUCGGCCAUCCUACAAACGACCCUGCCUUGCUGCAUUACUCUACCCUCCACUUUCAAAACAGCGCUGACAAGACAGGCGGGGAGGCACUGAUCCACAAACCCAGCUCAUCUGCCUGCCAAUAUUCUACUCUAAAGUACAACAACACGCCAACAGCCUCGACAAUCUAUCAGCCAUUAACACUAGACCAGGAUCCUCUCUACUCGACCAUCAAGAAGCCACGGUAGCAAUGAACAUUUUCUAAAAUGUACGCUCAAUAAUUCAUUACAUUUAGGUGUGGUCCAGACUUCAGGGAUUUAACCAAGCUGUUUGUUUUGAGAAAAGGCCUAAGUGAUGUUUAAGACAUGUUGUGCUCUGGCACAGCUAGGGUGUAAAUAUAUUACUAAGAAUAUGAAGAAUAUGAUGCUUCUCAUGGAAGCACCAUUUAUGGGAUUGUACACUGCCUUCUACAACAUGAUCAGGGAGGAGGGGAACAAAGGUGUGUCCUUUGUUCAUCAUCGAAGUCACAAAUUCAAGUUGUAGGUUAAAUGACUAUAGACUAUAGAUGACAACAACAAAGCUCAAGUAUUUCAUUGAUUUCAAUCACUACAUACACUGGCAUGGAUGAAGUCUUCUAUGCUUAGUCAAGGUAUGUACCAGGUAAACUAAUUAGGCCCAGUUACAUUACCCAGUCACGUCCAAAAAGAGAAGAGUGUGGUUAGCGUCCUGAUUUGCCAGUCAUGCUGUUGCUGGGUUGCAAAGUCCAAUUGAUGUUGUCCUUGUUGAAAGAACUACAGCUGUCCUGGUUGUGUAGUUCCAGUUUUGUUGAGGAGAGUCCUUGGUUCUCAUGAAGAGUCGAAUAGUUGUUCUGUUUUGUGGCUCCGUCACUUGUUAACUCAACUAGCACACUUUUGGCGCAUUUCCACUAGUACGGCACGGCACGGCACAGUUCGGGUAUGUUUCCAUUACAACUGAGUACCACAAAGUACCUCUUCAACGUGGGUGGGGUCGUCAUAACACGGCUGCGCGAAACUGCCGUGACAUCAUUUAGACCAGAACAACAACAGACGAUAGAACACGAACUGCAAAAACUCGACGUUUGAGGGUAAGCAAAUGGUUGCUAACGCUAGCAUUGUAGCCUUUACAUUGUACAAUAAUGGCUGCAGGCUUGGUUUUAAAAAGUGGUGGGGUCGAGUCUUGUAUUUAUUUACAGUCUGGUUGGUCGUCGCGCGCUUAUGACGCUUCCAGUGACGACACUUGUUGGCCAAUCAGUGGAAGGCAGUCGGCUGACGUGAUAUUUUAGUAUCGCUUUGGCUCACUUGGAAACACGGCUGAGGCGAUACCAAAAUAGUACCUGGUACCAAGUACUACGUGCUAGUAGUGCCGCGCUGUACCGUACCUAACCGUGCCGGUGGAAAUGCGCCAUUUUUUUUGUGUUUGUUGGUUCCGUCCUUAAAUUCUUUGGUAGGCACUUGCAUCGCUACCAAGGUCCAGUCCAGGCCUCUGCUUUGUGCAGGCCUGAUGGAAGUUGGAGAGCUGUAGCAGUUUUAUUGGCUUGAUGACCUCAGAGGUCUUGGCCAUACAGUGACCAAUGGGGGUCACACACAGGUUUCACACCUAGGUGUGAAAAGGUGAAGGUUGCUGGGAGGUUGAGUCCAAAGGCCUUCUUUGUCUGGGGAACAAAAAGAGAACCAUACGACCUUGUCCUCCAUUUUGAAUAGAGUGAGUCCCAACAGACACAAAAGAAAGCAAUCAAUACUUUGGUUAAUAUCAUCAGCUGAUCUAACUAAAGAGUAAAUACUGAGAACCCAAUUAAGCUUAUUUAACUGUGUUUGUUAUUGUGCUAAUGUCAACAUUCCAGCUUUCACUUUCAUUCAAGAUGUCCAAUAUACCGCCUCCUGCAUAACCAAUGUUAGCAUGAUAGCAUGCUCACAAAAGGAUUCAGCUCAAAGCAGGUCAGUCCCAAGUACAGAUGUCUUAUCUAUAUGUCUGAUUUUUUAGUGAGUGUGAAAGCAGUGCUAGAGUCUGUCUUGUCUCAGGUGUGCAGAUGUGAUUUUGAUUUGAUUAAAUGUUUGCUCGUUUUCAAAGUUAACUUUCUCACACAAGCGUCAAUAUAUAUUCUUGAAACAAAGAGCAGUGGUUUAACAUGAUUAAAUAUUACACUUUUGUAGUAUGUUUACUACAUAGUUGAAUUAACGUACGCUGUAGAUACAGGGAUGUGCUGUGACCACAUUUUCGCGGUGAAAUGAAAACACUUGUUUUCAAACCAAAGUCCACACCUCAUUCUACAGUUUGAAACAUGUUUAAACUAAUGUGACGUGCGGUAUUCUGUUUGUUGUUGCCUACUUCCCUAAAUAAAUGACUUAAGUGUUUGU